GCGUGGAUGGCCGCUCUGGUCUGUGCACCUCACCAUCUGUCAUUUCGGCGAUCGGUCUCCUGAAAGCUGUCACGUCUUUCACGAUUACCGCAGCAGAUACUGCUCAACUCCAAGCGAAUGCUCAUUUCAAAAGGAUCCCAGCCCCACCGAGAUGAAUGUGGAGUCCUGGGUCUGCUCCCCAGACCAGCCCUCCACUGAGCUCACACUGCCCCCGGGGCACCCCCAAAACCAGGGCCUGUCCACGGAGCUCACACUGCCCCAGGGGCACCCCCAGAACCAGGGCCUGUCCACGGAGCUCACACUGCCCCCGGGGCACCCCCAGAACCAGGGCCUGUCCACGGAGCUCACACUGCCCCAGGGGCACCCCCAGAACCAGGGCCUGUCCACGGAGCUCACACUGCCCCAGGGGCACCCCGAAAACCAGGGCCUGGACUCCGCGGAGCGGCCCGACAAGCUGUGCUUGGACUCCUUCUGGAGCGAAGUGGAGCGCAUCCGCCAGGGGAGCAGCGACAGUGAGCCCGACAGCGGGAGACGCGACUCCAGGCAGUCUGAGGACGGGGAGCAGGAGGAGCUGUGGCUGCAGGAGGCCGGGCUCUCUCCCCUGAUCAGUGAGGACAGUGGGGACGUGGAGAGCGCUGUCCUCCUCUCCACCCUGACACGCACGCAGGCUGCGGCCGUGCAGAGACGCCUGGACUCCUACACCUCCUCCCUGCGCAAGAGGAACAAGCCCCCGCCCCGGGACGUGCGCGACAUCUUCACCUCCCCCCUCGCACAGAUGCCUCUGCCUGAAUCUCAGGACAGCGCUCAGCAGCCCCAGCCAAGCAGUAUGGAGCGUGUGAUGAAGACAGUGAGCCCUCUGAAAGAGGAGAUCUUCAUAACUGACGUGGCGUACUGCGAGCAGGCCGCCAUCUUGCUCAAACAGGCCAAACUCCCACAAAAUGGCAACCGCCGCAGGAAGGACGAUGGUACCCUGCCUCGGGUGGUGUCCCCGCGCUGCCGGCUGGGCGUGACCCAGAUCCAGGACUUGUCACCCCAGGAUAUGAAGAAGGUGCGGCAGCUGGCUCUCAUCGACAUGACAGCCCUGUGUGACCUGCUGGAGCUCCACGUCAAGAGACACAAACCCUGCAAGAGGAAGAUCCCAGAGAGCGUUAUUUUUGGGGUCCCCCUGGCCACACUGGUGGAGAACGAUCAGAAGCUGAAGGCCUGCACCCCCAUCCCUCUCGUCCUGCAGGCACUCCUGUCUUUCCUGGAGAGAAAGGGUAUGGACUCAGAGGGGAUCUUGCGAGUUCCGGGAUCCCAGACCAGGAUAAAGAUGCUGCAGCAGAAGCUGGAGGACAGCUUCUACACGGGCGGCUUCAGCUGGGAUGAGGUCAGCCCAAACGAUGCCGCUGCGCUGAUGAAGAAGUUCAUCCGCGAGCUCCCCACCCCGCUCCUGACCUCAGAACACCUCAACGCUUUCAGCGCGGUCCGCGACAUUGCGGAUCUCAAACAGAAGCUGCACAUGCUGAACCUGCUGGUCCUCCUGCUGCCUGAAACCAACAGGAACACGCUGAAGGUGCUGCUGGAGUUCCUCAGUAAGGUGGUGUCUCGGGAACGGAGGAACCGUAUGAACCUGUGGGCCGUCUCCACCAUCAUGGCUCCCAACCUCUUCCUGCACAAGGCGGUGCCCAGCCACCUGACCGAGGGCCUGGAGCACGGACAGGCUGAGAGGGCCGCAGACAUCAUGAGGCUCCUGAUCCGCUACCAGGACCUGCUCUGGACUAUCCCCAACUUCCUGAUGAGCCAGGUGCGUAGACUGAACGAGAACAGCAGCCGACGUUAUCAGUUCUAUGACAAGCGCAUCAAGAACCUCCUGAGGAAGAUCCACACCGACAGCAGAGACAAGCCUGUCAGGAACUCAUCCGAGCCCUGCCGCACAGUGAAGGUCCAGAUGGGCGGAGUGCUCAGCAGCUCCAUGGAGGUGCGGUUGAACAGCACCUCUCGCGCAGCGGACCUGCUGGCUCGGGUCCAACAGGAGCUGUGCUCAUCCGAGCCCAACGGGAGGGGAGGCCUGAGGAGAAAUGGCUCUCUCGCCUUCCCUGACUUAGCUGUUUAUGAAGUGGGAGGAAACAUUGGGGAGCACUGCCUGGACCCCGAAACCCACCUGCUGGACCUGUACAACAGCAACCCUGGCGCAGAGUGGGUCAUCCGCAUCAGACCUCCCACCAGCAGGGGGCUGUAAGGAGCAGCACUACUGCUCACUCGGCCUAAGAGAGGAAGAGCAGGGGGAGCCUUACAACUUGGGCUGAGUCCUCUCUCAGCUUAUCAGAAGAAGCCGCCUCCACCCCUCCCCCCUGACACAACCCCGCAC